AUGGCUAUCGCCAUGAGCGCUGCCCGCUCGCGCCCGGGCAAUGGCAAUGGCCUGUCGUCUCGCGUCAACAUGCUCCUCAUCGGCCUCUUCCACGCCUUCGCGCCCCUCGUCAAGGCGCUCCCCAUGCCAUUCGCCGGCGUCGUGCAUGCCUUCGUCGAUGAGGACCUGCCCAAGUCGCCCAAUGACGCGAGCCUGUGGUUGUACCUGGGCGUCGCAAUCGCACUGGUCUUGGCUGGUGGUGUCUUCGCGGGCUUGACUAUCGCUCUCAUGGGCCAAGACGAAAUCUACCUCCAGGUCCUCGCCCACUCUGGCGACAAGCACGAGCGCAAGAAUGCGAAGAGAGUGUUGGCGCUCCUGAACAGAGGCAAACAUUGGGUCCUGGUGACCCUACUCCUCAGCAACGUCAUCACCAACGAAACCCUUCCUAUUGUGCUCGACAGGUCCCUAGGCGGAGGAUGGCCUGCCGUUGUCAGCUCCACUGUGCUCAUUGUCAUCUUUGGCGAAGUCGUCCCCCAAUCCAUAUGCGUUAGGUACGGUUUGCCAAUCGGCGCCUUCAUGGCGCCUAUUGUGCUCGCCCUCAUGUACAUCAUGGGAAUCGCCGCCUGGCCCACCGCGAAGCUUCUCGACUACCUGCUCGGCGAGGACCACGGAACCGUUUACAAGAAGGGUGGUCUGAAGACACUAGUCAGUCUACAUCAGUCGUUGGGCCUAGAGCAUGAACGUCUCAACGAGGACGAGGUCACCAUUAUUACUGCUGUCUUGGACCUCAAAGCGAAGGCUGUAGGCGACAUCAUGACGCCCAUGAAGGACGUGUUUACUAUGUCGUCUGACACCGUUCUGGACGAGAAGAUGAUGGACAACAUUCUGUCUGCCGGUUACUCCCGCAUACCUAUUCAUACUCCCGAAAACGAGAACAACUUCGUUGGCAUGCUACUUGUCAAGAUGCUCAUUACCUACGACCCUGAGGAUGCCCAACGCGUGCGCGACUUUGCCCUGGCCACCCUCCCGGAAACCCGUCCGGAGACGAGCUGCUUGGACAUUCUCAACUUCUUCCAGGAGGGCAAGUCUCACAUGGUUCUGGUUUCCGAGUUUCCGGCUGAGGCUCACGGCGCGGUUGGUGUUGUAACCCUGGAAGACGUCAUCGAAGAGCUCAUUGGAGAGGAAAUCAUCGAUGAGUCUGAUGUCUUCAUUGAUGUUCACAAAGCGAUUCGACGCAUGGCUCCUUCCCCCCGCGCUCGCGUUCCUAGGGGCAAAGUUGUCGCUGAACUUCCUCGAAUCCCCUCUGCACAAUCGAUAAUAGACGGUGAAACGGACGUAGAACAGAAGAGGGCAACGGUUCCUCGCAAGACCUCUAUGCCCGAAACAUCCGAAGGCCUACUCAAACCAUCAUUUACCCUGCGGCGUCGCAGUAGUGGUAGCAGGGGAACAAUGGAACCUUUGCGGAGCGAUGACCCUGAAGUUAUGCAGCACCUCAAACACUUGGGCCCGUCGAAUGCUGCCCAAAGACCAAAGUCCACGCGCAUCAACACUGUCAAGAUCAAGCCUGGCCAAACUAGCACGGUCCCCGAUAUUCCGACGACGAUACCAGAGGACGCUCGACCUGCGUCCGAGGGCGUUAUCGCUCAGGAAUCCCAUGCUCCGGAAGGAGGAAUUGGAGAAGGCCUAUUGGCGUCUGCGGGUCGUGAAGCCAGCGAUGGUGUUCAUAGUGUUGCUGUAGGAUAUGGUACUAUGGCUCCCAGUGGCGACCGUAUGUCUUGGAAGUCUGGACGAUCUGGACUCAAAGCAGCAGAAGAAGAGCCUGCUUCACCGAAAACCAAGGCGGCUAAUAACGACGAAGAUACCUAUCUCGUUGUCGAUAACCGAAACAAGGAUGACGGCUCAAAAGAACGGUCGCGCUCCGUCAGCACCAUCGCCUCGCUGCAUUCUGUUCGAUCGCGCUCGCGCAGCCCGCCCAGAAAACGACACACUGCUCGAAGCGGUAGUAUCUCCGAGAACAUUGUGGAUGUCAACGGCAUCAAGAAAAUUGUCUUGGAGACGACAAGCUCUAGUGAUUCCGAAGACAAAGCCAUUCGCAGACAAGCAGAAGCUGACGGUGCUGAAGAUCAGAAGUCGGAAGCCGAGUCGGCCAAUACUGGCGGCAAAGGCGCAAGCAAAAAGAAGAGAAAGAAGAGAGGUAAGAAGAAGAAGGGCAAUGCCGGUGAUAGCAGCGAGACGCAGCCCUUGCUUGGAGAUGGCUGA